AAACCAAAGAAGAAAAUGAUAGUAACCUGACAGUGUGGAGUUCAGCUGGCAAGCCAUGCCAACUGUGAAGGUUUUAAGAACUUAGCUUCUGGACAAGUUUUCUUCGAAAGUGAAAAGCGGUAGCAGCGAGAACAGCUGAUGACGGUCACAAAAAGACAGUGUUACUUCUAAGACAAGUGACACCUUAGACGAAGAGCCCUCUAUGGGAGGACAAGCGGCCCAGAUCAUGAAAUCAUGGAAAGCCAACUUCAUGAGCUCGCAGAAGCAAGAUGGUUUUUGUCAAAGGUUCAGGAUGAUUUUAGAGGUGGAAAAAUCAACGUUGAAAUUACUCACAAACUGCUUGAGAAACUUGAUUUCCCAUGCCACUUUGCUCAUGUGAAACAUAUUUUUAAGUGUGAUCCCACCAGUCAUUUUUUUUAGUAGGAAAAUGACAGACAGAACCAAGGAAGAAUCACCAUUGAAGAGUUUAGAGCCAUUUACCGGUGUAUUGUACAUAGAGAAGAAAUCACGGAGAUUUUCAACACGUAUACUGAAAAUAGGAAAAUUCUUUCUGAGAACAGUCUGAUUGAGUUUCUAACCCAAGAGCAGUAUGAAAUGGAGAUCGAUCACUCUGAUUCAGUAGAGAUCAUCAAUAAGUAUGAGCCCAUUGAAGAAGUAAAGGGUGAGCGACAGAUGUCAAUUGAAGGUUUCGCAAGAUACAUGUUUUCAUCAGAAUGUCUACUGUUUAAAGAGAACUGUAAAACCGUGUACCAAGAUAUGAAUCAUCCAUUAAGUGAUUAUUUUAUUUCAUCAUCUCACAACACAUAUUUGAUAUCCGAUCAAAUAUUGGGACCGAGUGACAUUUGGGGAUAUGUAAGUGCUCUUGUGAAAGGCUGCCGCUGUCUGGAAAUUGACUGCUGGGAUGGAUCCCAAAAUGAACCCAUUGUGUACCAUGGUUACACAUUCACCAGCAAGCUUCUCUUCAAAACUGUGGUCCAAGCAAUAAACAAGUAUGCCUUUGUGACAUCUGAUUACCCAGUAGUGCUGUCCUUAGAAAAUCACUGCUCCCCUGGUCAGCAGGAAGUGAUGGCUAGCAUUCUGCAGAGCACCUUUGGAGACUUCCUGCUUUCGGACAUGCUUGAGGAGUUUCCAGAUACACUACCGUCUCCAGAGGCACUAAAAUUCAAAAUAUUAGUGAAAAACAGGAAAGUGGGAACCUUAUCUGAAACCCACGAGAGGAUAGGAACCGACAAAAGUGGCCAAGUGCUAGAAUGGAAAGAAGUCAUCUAUGAAGAUGGUGAUGAAGACUCAGGAAUGGAUCCAGAAACAUGGGAUGUCUUCCUAUCACGGAUCAAGGAGGAGAGGGAAGCAGAUCCCUCGACAUUGAGUGGAAUAGCAGGCGUCAAGAAAAGGAAGAGGAAGAUGAAAAUAGCCAUGGCCUUAUCUGAUCUUGUCAUUUAUACUAAGGCUGAGAAGUUCCGAAACUUCCAAUAUUCAAGAGUCUAUCAGCAAUUUAAUGAGACCAAUUCGAUUGGAGAGUCUCGAGCUCGAAAACUUUCCAAAUUGAGAGUCCAUGAGUUUAUUUUCCACACCGCGGCAUUCAUCACCAGAGUAUACCCCAAAAUGAUGAGAGCAGACUCUUCUAACUUUAACCCUCAAGAGUUUUGGAAUGUAGGAUGUCAGAUGGUGGCCUUGAACUUUCAAACCCCUGGACUGCCUAUGGAUUUGCAAAACGGGAAAUUUUUGGAUAAUGGAGGCUCUGGAUAUAUUUUGAAGCCAGACAUCCUUAGAGAUACAACCCUGGGCUUUAACCCAAAUGAACCAGAAUAUGACGACCAUCCAGUUACCCUCACAAUCCGAAUCAUCAGUGGGAUCCAGUUGCCUGUUAGCUCAUCCUCUAACACGCCUGACAUAGUAGUGAUCAUAGAAGUCUACGGUGUUCCAAACGACCACGUGAAGCAGCAGACUCGUGUUGUUAAGAAUAAUGCUUUUAGUCCAAAGUGGAAUGAAACAUUUACAUUUCUUAUUCAAGUGCCAGAACUGGCAUUGAUACGUUUUGUUGUUGAAACUCAACAAGGCUUAUUAUCAGGAAAUGAAUUACUCGGGCAGUACACUUUACCAGUUCUUUGCAUGAACAAAGUGGGCAACCAUGAGAGGAUGCACACUGCAGAUCCCCGUGUGCACGCCACGCUGUUCCCUGGGUGCACGCAUCGCUGUUCCCUGGGUACACGCCAUGCUAUUCUCUGGGCGCAGUGUGAGUUUCCCCGACUGCUGAUUUCUUCUAUGCUUCUGCUUCCAGGGUUGCAUUCUCAGUUGCUUGUAUCAUUUUUAAGGAGUAAAAUUUACAGCUUUUAAAAGUAUGCAUGAUCAUAUAAGACAUGUUGGCAAAUAUUUAGCAGCACAGAAGAUGUGAAAUCGAGGAGUGUUUUAAAUUUCCAACACCCACUGCCGCCUAUUGCAGUGGGAAGGAAUUAGAUUGCCAGGCCUUUUGUGGCCUCUUAUAUCCAAGAGAGCAAUUAGCCCCUGAAUUCUCAAUCCAUUUCUUAGAUGCCGUGUGCUUGAUUUGGUACCCUGUAAUUAUACAGACAUUUUUAUAAGUGUGUAUGAAAUUGAUUUGCAUUCCCACUAUCGUCAGACUCCGUUUCUAUAAAAGAAAUCUAUUAUGCGGACUUACAGGCUGGGGUCUUGAAUUAAUUUGCAGUAUUUUUGAAUCUGUCCUUAAUGUACUUUUAAUAUUGUAUUGGUCAGAGAUGAGAGUUCUCAGUUUUCACAAACACUGAGAUUUAACUUGGCUAAAAGUGGUAGAGAUUAUGGUUACUUCUUAAUUAUUCUUUUAAAAAAAAUCAGUAAUGAUUGCCCCACCAUGCUGGUACCUGUAUUGUGUUAUGAUGGACACACUCAGGACAUCUGACAAAUUAGCACUCCAAGUAGAAAUGUACCGAUACUGAAUCUAACUUCAGAGGUAACUAAAAACCAAGAAACCAUUGUUUGUUUAAGAUUUAUCCUAAUCUCAUUAUCCUUUGAUGACCAGAAAAUGCAACCCAUCUGGCCACGUUUCACCAACUAUCACUUUGAACGCCAACUAUUAAAAGUGCAUCAUCUGUGCUCCUGCUGAUUGCAAAGGCAGGGAAGCGACUUUUUCAGUGGUAUCGAUGAUUGCAGAUUCACAGUUGAGAAAGAAGGUCGUAGAAGGUUCCUAUGACAACCUUCACGUCUCUACCACACCACUCCACCCAAAGUAACAGCCUACACAGGAAGAAAACACUUAAAGAAUCGUGAUGAGGGUGCAGAAGUGUGGCUCUCCACAAUGGUUGGCUGCUGGCAGGGGCACACGCAGGUGGGGAGGGAAGGACGUUUUUUCCAAGGAGAUGCUGGCCACUGGAAGUUUGACUAUGCUCCAGUGGGCAUAUGCACAACACAAUUCUGACUCUGUUGUUUGUAUUUCUUUUUUCUUUUUCCUUUUGGGGAUAUCUCAAGGGGGAAGUCAGACCCAGGACAACUGGGAAGUGAGUGUGAUCAGGGUUCAUUAUGUAAAAAUUCCCAAAUAAUCAAUAAAAAUUUAUGAUUGAAAAAAAAUUAAAUACCCCUGGGAAUGCCUACACAUAAGGAACGAGCAGUGUCCUUUGGUGUUGACGCAUGGUCUGACACAUUUUUCUAAGGGCUGUAUGAGUGACUGCCAAAAAUCUGCCUCCCACAGAGUUUAGGUUUCUGAGGAAGACCCCACAGCUUCCAUUUAGCAGUCAGUGGUUGGAUCUCGCUGAAUUCUCUAUUGUAAACCCAGUAGCAGGGCUUGGGGUGUGCUCAGCCACUGACCCAAGGUUCUAACCUCGAAUCUCUGAGGUCUUUUGAAGAUUUGGAAGUGUGCAAGCUUUUUAAAAGGCUUUCUUCAAGUGAGCUUCCCAAGCGAAUGCGUUAAUUCUGCUUUGGGAUAAACUUGUAUUUCUCACUUGCACCAUUAAGCUGUGAAAUGGAUGAGAAAACGAGUGUGUUUUCUCUUCUCACCUUUCCCACAGGGGCCAGUUAAGCUCACCCGCUGACUUUGACUUUGAAAACUAUUUUCAUUUAAUUUGUGUGUAUGAAGUGGCACUUCAUGUGCACACACAUGUUUGUAUGUGCCUAUAGAGGUCACAGGUGUCCCAUAUCCUUUCUAAAGAAUUGUCCACUUAAGUUUUUGUGAGUACAUCUCUCACCCAAAAUCAUAGCUUCCUAGCCAGCAGGCCUCAGGGGAUUGACUGGUCUCCCUGUCCCUAAUGCUAGGGUUAUAAUUAUUUUUGUGUGUGUGACAAUAUUAUACUAUGAGCUGUGUGGUUUUUAUGUGAGUACUGGGGAUUGAACUCAGUUCUCCAAACUUGUAAAUCAAUCACUUUAAUGACUGACUUAUUAUCCCAUCCCUA